GUAGCAGUGUUCAUAUUCUUAAGCACAGGCAUAGUGUACAACCUCCUCAUUAAGGUAUCUUAAAUAUCACUUCACUGCCAGCCCCGCUGCUACUAGUCCUCUACCAGUCCUCCUAACAGAACUGUAACACAAACACACAUUUUUUGUUGGCUUUUGAAUAAAAAACUGUUAGAAAUCAUAUCGUUGCAAAAUGGUUGAUCAGGCAGUUUUGGACAAAUUGGACGCCGGGUUCAAGAGAUUGCAGGACUCGAAGGACUGUCACUCGUUGCUCAAGAAGUAUCUGACCCAAGAUGUCUUCGAUAAGCUUAAGUCCCGUAAGACAGCGAUGGGCGCAACCCUUUUGGAUGUCAUCCAAUCUGGUUUCAAUUUAAUACAAAUGUAA